AUGCUCGAGUCUCCACUGGACCUUCCUCAGGUCUGGCAGAAGCCUGCCUUUCCUGUUCUACUGGCAGCCCUCCAAGGACUUCGAGUCGAUCCACCAGUAUGGAAUCUCAAGGCCUCCCGCACUGAAAUGCUCAAACACCAGGAUGUGGCUGCGCAGGACCCUCGGGAGGUCGCCGCCUAUCUCUCCACAAUCAUCAAGAGCCCACUCAGCUGGCUGGAGGACGAGGAUCGAGAGGCAAUCUGGGACGAGGCAAGCAGGCGGUUCUCGGAGCGGUGUGGACGAAGCGCUAUGGGCGAGAUCACCCGCCGGUGGCCCUUCGAGAGUGAUGCGUACAGCCCGUUCGACCUGAUCCUGCGGGAGCCAGCAUUGACAGGUGACAACCUCGGCCUCAAGACCUGGGGCUCAUCAUAUGUCCUUGCUCAGAUGCUACACACCAUAGGCGAAACUUCGUUGGCCCAUCUCUUCGGACAGGCAGCUAGCCAAGCGAGACCACAAGUGCUGGAGCUGGGAUCCGGCACUGGUCUCCUUGGCCUGGCAGCAGCCGCCAUCUGGCGGACUCAUGUCAUCCUCAGUGACCUCCCAGAGAUCGUGCCAAAUCUUGCCCACAACGCCGACAAGAAUUUGUCAACGGUUCAGGAGCGCGGUGGUAGUCUUGCAUCCGGGGCUCUGACAUGGGGUGGAGAUGAAGAAGAGAUUGACCCCGCCGUAAUUGUCGCCGACCCUCUCUACGACGACAACCACCCUGGACUUCUCGCUGGUGCGAUUGACGACCAGCUCAGCUUGGACAUCAAUGCUAGGGCGAUGAUCAUGGUGCCACAGCGGGACGCUGUCACGGCCAGGCUUCUUUCAGUCCUCCGGGACGAGAUGGCAUCGAAGCCAACGCCCUUUAUCUGCCUCGAGGAGACUAUUGUGGCCGGGCGAGACGACUGGGGCUCAAGUGAGGAUGAAGAUGCCGGCCAGGUCAACUGUUGGCUGGGCAUAUUUGCAAGGCAGAAGGUUGUAUGUCAUGCCUGA